AUGGCACCGAACGUCCUCGGCAACUCGUUGCUGCUUGCCGAAGCAUGCAUCGAGCCGGAAGAUCGCAACAACAAUGGUCCGCUCUACAAGAGCAAAUCCCUGCUGAACGUACCCCCGAGCCCACCGUCCAUUGUGGAAGAGCUAAAGCAAACCGGUGCCACGAAGGAAGCCAAGGAGCCAGCGAGCGCCAAGCGACGGUAUAAUAAUGUUUACGUGUGGCGAAACAUUAUCGCAUUCAUCUAUCUCCAUCUCGGAUUCCUGUACGGUGCCUAUCUGCUGGUGACGUCGGCCAAGUGGACUACCUUCUGCAUGGCACUGGCGAUGGGUUCGUGCGGUGCCCUCGGCAUCACGGCCGGAGCGCACCGGCUGUGGUCGCACAAGGCGUACAAGGCGAAGUGGCCGCUGCGCCUGUUCCUGAUGCUAGCGCAGACGCUAGCCUUCCAGAACAGCAUCUUCGAGUGGGUGCGGGACCACCGUGUGCACCACAAGUUCACCGAUACCGACGCCGACCCGCACAACGCGACCCGCGGCUUCUUCUUCUCGCACAUCGGCUGGCUGAUGGUGAAGAAGCACCCGGACGUGAAGGCGCGCGGCCGGGCCGUGGACAUGAGCGACCUCGAGCAGGACGCCAUCGUAAUGUUCCAGAAGCGCUACUACGCCCUGCUGAUGCCGCUGUUCUGCUUCGUGGUGCCGACCUUCCUGGCGUACUACUACCUCGGCGAGACGUUCUCCAACUCGUGGUACGUCGUCGCCAUCUUCCGGUACGUGCUGUCGCUGAACGCGACCUGGCUGGUGAACAGUGCCGCGCACAUCUGGGGCACGAAGCCGUACGAUCGCAACAUUUCGCCAACGAACAACACGUUCGUGGCGGUGGCGGCGUACGGUGAAGGCUGGCACAACUACCACCACGUGUUCCCGUGGGACUACAAAACGUCCGAGCUCGGCACGUACAGCACCAACUUCACGACGGCCGCCAUCGACUUCUUCGCCCGCAUCGGCUGGGCGUACGACCUGAAGUCGGUGUCGGACGACCUGAUCCGGAAGCGGGUCCUGCGCACCGGCGACGGCACGCACACCUACAGCGAGCAGGAGCUGACGGCCAAGAUGGUCGACUACGUGAACCAGUUGGACCACGAGUCCGAGCAGGCCGUCUGGGGCUGGGACGACCAGGACAUGAACGAGCAGGACCGGCUGGACGCGACCGUCAAGAACCGGAGCGACUGACCGGCGGCCAAGUGACACACACCAUUAGCGGGAUGCUUGCACACACACACACACACAAAUACGGGAAAGAAGGUGUUACGUUUGUUUUUAGUUUCUCCGAGCCUCUCUGUCCUUUCUUGCUUCUUGAGCAAACUCCUUUCCGUAGUAGUAGGCUUAAGCACUAGUGCAGCUCUGGCAAUGCUGACAACCGGCACUGCCCGCUAGAGGGCGUCCGGAACGGGGGCAACGAUGAACAGAACACAAUGGCGACGAGAGGAGGGCAACACAUCGCAACAACGCAUCGUGUUUAUUUAUUGUUCUAUCUCUACCUUAGCUCUAGCUUAAGUUUGGAUUAAAUAAAGUACC